AGCCUAACCAGAUCACAAAAUUACCUGACAGGGCUGUGGACGCUGCCACUGUUCCAAUACAAGUGCUUUCACAGCAGCAACAACAAAUGGGUAUCACAAAUAAUCCCAUUCUAUCCUUUUCAUAUUAUUAUUAUUAUUAUUAUUUUCUUGGAAGAGCGCCAAAAUAAGUAGUUCAAACCGAUUAACUCGUGUGGAUCGCAAUGCAGCGAAUCGUUUUGGGCGCCGUUGCACGCGGUUGUGCAAUGCGCUCCUCUGGAUGUCUCACCUGCAGCGGGACGUGCUGCUACGCCGCCACGCUUGCUGCAUACCGCCCGUCGUCCUCGCAGGUGCCGCGGAGCGUCCAUCCGCCCACAGCCGCCAGCACGGCGGAUGUCAACGCGCCGUCCACCGCGAAGAUGAAAGCGGCCCCGUCGAGCACGCCGCAACUGGAUGCAAAGGCUGCGGAGCAAGUUCGUCUCGCCCACGAUAUCGGCGAGCAGGCGUUUGGCGAAAACACGAAGAUUUUGACGCAGAUCGCUUAUCGUGGGCUGCGUGCCUUUGUGGUGUGCGCCAUUGGCAUGGGCGCGUUUAUGUGGGCCAUGAAAAGGAAAAAGGCGGAGCUGGCCGCCGAGGAAACCGCAACGGGAAGUGCGGAGAAGGACGAAGACCCGACGCAGCGCUACUUGGAGGAGAUGCGUAGUAUGGGCUUUGACGUGGACACGCUGGAGGAGGAGCUGGAGCAGACACGAGUGGCGAAGAUGGCUGCCGCUCAGGCAGCGACGAAGGCAGCGUGA